AUAAAUGCAAAAGCAUCAAGAAAAGGUAAAGAGCUAUAAAAUGAAAAAACAAAAUUAAAAUUAGGCAAAUCAAUCGUUCGCCAAUCAAUCGAUUUAGUCGAUUGAAAAAGACCGGUCCGGAAAAAAAUCCUAUCACAAAGUGAUAAGCGGAUUCGAACUCGGGAUCUCCGUAUUCGUAGCUCCUGCACUCACAGGCCGUGAGAGACCCAGUGGGACCGGUCUCGCUUGAUACACGCAUAAUUCCAACAUUCAGCGAACGGCUCUUAUAUGACCGUCUAUAUAUUUCUAGUUUAGAAACUUCAGAGCUCAAAAAUUCUAUAUUGAUGUUGAUUCAUUUUUCAUGUAUUCGAUCUGAUAAAAGACGAAAUCACGUGUCUAUAAUUAUUACAAAAAUAUCAAAAUUCGUGAAACUAUAUGCAUUAUAGACCUGCGCUGGUAUUUUACAAUUCGUCAUAUUUUGACAAGUACACAUUGAGAAAUUAACAAUGAACAAAAGGAAAAAACGAAGGAAAGAAAAAAUAGAACACAACAUAAUCGUUGGCAAUAAUCUUCGAUCCGUGAAGAAGAAAUGAAGAAGAAACCGUGUGUAAACGAUAAGAAAGACGAAUCGUGUGCGAUAGUACGAAGACGCGUUAUAUCAUUAAACAUAACGAGGACGACUUAUCAUUGUACUUCAUUAUGUAAAACAGAAUUUGUAGGCAGUAUAUAUAUUUUUUUUUUUUGUAAGCCGAACAACGGAACAAUCUUCGUCCCGGAAAAAGGAUCGGCGAGACUCGACUCGGUUGUAAUGACCGAGAAACAAUCUCGCGUUCUGUUUAUUGUAGAAAAUAUAUAUCGCGGAUUCUCUUUUUCUAAUUAGAAAUCAGAAUUAAGCGAAGCUAAAUAUACGUUGGCUUCCGUUUGAUUUAGCAAUACGGUUUCUCGUUUCCUGUUUUUUUAUUUUUUUUUUUUUGAGUCACGUUACGAAAAUUUUCUUUCGAUAUUCACAAAACUCGACAUCUGCACUCGGAUCUGAAGAAAUGUGUUGCGAAAUCAAGGAGCGCGACUUGCGUAAAAAUCAAAAUCGUCCGUCGUGGCGAGCGCGCGUGCCGAGGAUACAACGCACGCGAAAUAACGUUAAGAGUUAAUAAUAAUUAAUACGGCGAUCUCACGCUCCUCGAUCGACGCUUGCUCGUUAUGUUCGAGAGCUAACUGACGCUAACGUCAUAGCGACGGAAUGUUUAUAUCGUAGCGGAUAAGAUGCGCUAACAGCUAGAAAGAACGUAUCGUUUUUCGUUUUUAUCUCUUGUGCGGAGCUUCUUAGAAUUUUUCAACGGGCCGCGAAGGCCUCUCUUUCCUCUUCUCAAAUACAUAUAUAUAUAUAUAUAUGUAUAUAUAUAUAUGUAUAUAUAAAUAUAUAUAUAUAUAUAUAUAAAAUUAUAUACGAUGUUCGACUGCAUCUCUCUUGGAUCUCAUCGACUCGCGCUUGACAAAUAAGACGAGAGAUAUUUAAAAAAAAAACAAAACGGCUUGAGCGGUUGAUUUUAUCAAGUCUAUUUUUAGUAGUUUUGUUCAAAGACAAAAACACACAAAGAAAAAGAGAGAAAGAGAGAGAGACAGAGAGAGAGAGAGAGAGAAAAAAAACGAAACUUAUAAGAGAUAAUAUUACGCGAUGUGUUGACAUGUAAGAACAGAUAAUGAACAUAAACAACAAAUCAAAUAAAACGUUACGAUGAAUGUUAGCUGAAUUAGAAUUUUUCUUCUCAUUUUCUUUCCUUUCGCCUCUUCUUCAGCGGAACAAGCGAUUAUAAAUGUGAUACAACGAGUAGUCCGUAUAUAUUUCUAUCUACGAAUUACCGUAUGUCGGUUUAAUAUCGCGCGAUGUUUUUUAUUACUCAAUAACGUUUAUAUCGUCACUCUGAUAAUAGAAAAAUUUCGAAUCUCUCUCGUGUUGAAAUGCGAUCUUCCCGUUACCGUUUGAGAUAAUUUUCUUGUCACGGUUCGCAAUGUAACUCGACAGAGGACGCGUUACAAGUCUAAAAUAUUAUUUUGUCACAAAUGCAUUCUCUUUCUCUUUCUAAGUACUAAUAUAGUUGCAAGCAAGUUUUUGUUCAAGUUAUAUGUUAAAAAUAUAUUAACAAAUAAUGUGUCGUGUUACUCACGUUGUUGUAUUUUUUGUUGUCAACAUCUUGAGCGUGACUACGAUAGAAGACAGCCAACAUUGGCACAAGUUGGCCAACAAAGAACUAGAAGAAUCUCUUUCGUACCAUUGGAAUUUGAAAAAAGCAAAAAAUGUCAUUCUUUUUGUUGGCGAUGGCAUGAGUACGAACACCAUAACGGCCAGCAGGAUUUAUCAUGGCGGCGAGACGAGUAAACUUGCCUGGGAACACUUUCCCCAUAUCGGGAUACUGAAGACAUACAACACGAACAAACAAGUCCCGGACUCGGCUUCCACUGCCACAGCUCUGUUCGGAGGAGUAAAGACGAACUACGAGGUGGUCGGAGUUGACGCAAAUGUGGAAUUGGGGGAUUGCGAGGCAAGCUUGAACGCAAAGUAUCACGUAAAUUCGUUUCUAGCAUGGGCUCAGGCGGCUGGUAAAGCUACAGGAUUCGUAACUACUACUCGAGUGACGCAUGCAACUCCGGCACCGCUUUACGCACAUUGCGCGAAUCGGAGAUGGGAGUGCGAGGCGAAAAUGCCUGAAAACGCUGUCAUUGCUGGCUGCAAAGAUAUCGCCAGACAAUUGGUGGAAGAUAAACCCGGGAGUAAUAUUCGAGUAAUCAUGGGUGGCGGCAGACAGAUGAUGAAAUCCAACGUAACUGCGAAGAAAUUCGAUCCGAUCGACACGUGGGCUUGCUACAGACAAGACGGUCGUGAUCUAAUCGAUGUCUGGGCGAGAGAUAAGGCCAGCAGACACCUGGCUUACAGCGUGGUGCAAAACAACGAACAAUUGUCUCGGGUCGAUACCGACAAUGUGGAUUAUUUGCUCGGUAUUUUCGCCAACGGUCAUAUAGAAAUGGACUGGAAACGUGAGAAAAGUCCGAAAGGACAGCCCAGUCUGGAAGAAAUGACUGUGACGGCUUUGCGAAUUUUGCAAAAGUCCAAAGAGGGAUAUUUCCUAAUGGUCGAGGGGGGUCUCAUCGACUUCGCUCAUCAUCGCGGCCACGCUGCACAAGCUCUUCUGGAAACCGUUCGAUUCUCGGACGCUGUUAACGCCACUCUCAGAAUGAUCGAUACCGGUGAAACUCUUGUGAUAGUCACCAGCGAUCACUCGCAUUCGAUGAGUUUCAACGGUUACGGCGCUCGAGGCUCGUCCGUUUUAGGAAUCGCUCAGAAAUCCAAACACGACGACAUACCCUACACGACUCUGUCGUACAGCAUCGGCGGACCAAACAACGUAGCUUACACCGUGAACGGUAACGGUCGAGCUGUGAGAAUCGAUCCGAGCAAGUCGAACACCAGCGAUUUCACUUACAGUCAGCAAGCUGCGAUCAUAUCGGACGAGGCUUAUCACGGUGGCGGAGACGUAGCUGUAUACGCUAUAGGACCUUAUGCGCAUCUCUUCCACAGUGUGCACGAGCAAAAUUACGUGGCGCACGUAAUAGCGUACGCCGCGAACGUCGGCGAGUACGCGAAGAGUAGCGCGGCCGAAUUACAGCGCGUUCUAAGCGUCAUUCUUUUAAUUGUUUCUUUUAUCUUGUUGGUUUCGCUCGCGUACAAAUAAAUCCGUGAUUACUCACUCGCAAAGAUAUUAUCGCUUUUUUAUUUUUUUGGUAGGAAACAACAUGUACCUAUUGCCCCAAAUUAAAGGCGUGUAUUUUAAGAAAAAUCUCAUCUACAUAUAAUAAUAACUCUUAUCGUGUAAUUAAGUCGUAUCGCAAACGCUCGUGAGUGUUACUUCGUCACCCACACACCGCAUCACAGAUCGGACUUGACCUUGAAUGGGGGGGACGUACUUAUCUCAUACAGCACAAAAGACCGGUAAAACAAUUCUUUGAAUAUUUUUUGAAAAUAUAUUCUGAAAUAUAUUUUUUAGAAUAUAUUUCAAUAGAUAAUCAAAGGAUAUUCUCAUGGCGCGUAAGGUGCUGUAUGUAGAUUUUGUGCGUCCUUUUUUAUCAAAAUAAAAAAAGUGAUUCUGCCAGCAAAGAAACGCAACUUUCGGCCAAGCCUCAAUUCUGUGAUUUGACGCUUCAUUGUCGCUUAUUUUAUUUACAAACAUUAAAAUGUUAGAAACAAUUCUCAGUCUUAUGCUGCAAAGGACAAAGAUAUCUUGUAACGCUUAUUUCGCAAAGCCGAGAGAGGAGCGCGAUCCUCCGAGAUUACGCUUUUGAGAACAUUUGUAUAUAAGACGUUACGCGUUUCCGCUCAGACGUUCUUGUUGUACUUAAAGCCUAAUAUCAAAUAUAAUCUUCCCUGAUAUCCCCGCUUAACAAUUUUAAUGACGUUAUAAAAUCAAAAUACGAAACGAAUAUUACGUAUAUAAAAUUGACGAUAGCAAAAA